UUUGCAGUUUCACUUUAUCUGUCAGCGAGCGAGAUGCACGGAAUUAGUAAGCUGACUUUGACCUUGGCCUUGGGUAUUUUGCUAUUUUACCUGGGAUUCACAUCGGCCCAGGAGGAUGCCCUUUUCAGGUGCAGCGUUCAGUACAAAUGUUCAGCGGACAAAGAGCUGGUCUGGGCCAUGGCCGACGAGCUGUGCUUUGUCUUUCACAACAGGUGUCUGAUGCAGGUGGAGCAGUGCUCCCGCAAGAGUAGCGGCAGAACAGAGCUCGUCGAAACUGACAGGGAAACCUGUAAGCCAAACUGCCCGAGAGUUUGCGGGGAUGUCUACGAUCCUGUAUGUGCCCAAAUCUUCCAAGAAGAAUACAUCACCUUCAGCAACGAGUGCGAAAUGCUUAAUUCCAUUUGCUCCAAUGAGAAACCUUACUCCUACUUUGCCAAGGGAGAGUGUGUUGAGCAACCAGUUGGCUGAAAGAGUGAAGUUAUUCCAACAAUUCUUACAUGGUUUUUACUGGAAUACAAUUAUAUUUAGAAUCCUAAAGUCUAAAUACAUAUUAUUUGCCUUUGCUUUAGCCUUUUCCAGUAAAUGUUUACAUAAAGAUUCAACAUCAUAAA